GCCAAACAAGUCAUCGUUUUCUCCAUCAAAAGGAGUGGAUACAUAUGGAGAUUAAGGAACGGAUUAUGAAUGGUUUGAAUGCCCUUCAACGUGCAUGAACCACGCGCAACGCCCGAGGAUAUGCAGAGAGUGAAAGCCUGCAGAUGCUGGGAAGGUUUUGAAGAUGGAAGAUGGAACAGAGAGAUGGCUAAAUCACUACAGUAGCAAGCAGCAAAUACUGCUUGUUGGUGAAGGAAACUUCUCCUUCUCCCUGUCUUUGGCCAGAGCCUUUGGUUCAGCCGCCAAUAUGACAGCCACCUCCCUCGACACUCAUGAGGAACUGCGUAAAAAAUACGGUACUGAGGCAGUGGCGAACGUAGAAGCACUGAAGGCCCUGGGAUGCACCAUCAUGCAUGGAGUUGAUGUGCAUGCCAUGAGCCAACACAUCGAUCUACGUUCCAAACGCUACGACAGGAUCGUCUUCAACUUCCCCCAUGCAGGGGCUAACGUCAUAUGCCGCGCACUCGAAGGUUUUAUGAUUACGGACAACCAGGUCUUGGUGAGAGGAUUUCUCAAGAACGCAGGAGAGAUGGUGAAGGAAGACGGAGAAAUCCACGUGACUCACAAGACAACGCAUCCUUACAACAUGUGGGGGGUAGAGACACUGGGUCGAGAAGUGAAUCUCUGUCUCGUGAAGGAGGUUCCUUUUUUCGUGUCUUAUUAUCCAGGUUACGUUAACAUGAGAGGAUGUACCAUGAACUCCGACUCCACUUUCCAUGUCGGGAAUGCAUCCACUUUCAUGUUCCGCAAAGUCUAGUCAAUUAAUCGGCUAAUUAUUAUCAUUGCCAAUCCUUAUUAGUAACAUAUAACGAUUAUAAUAUAUGUCUUUGCCCUUUUCUUUU